CGAUUAUCGUUUGCCAUUCAUUUGUUCCCGUUAAUUUUAGUAAGAAGCAAUAAUGAAAAUAAUGAAGAAUACGACGACGAAUCGAAGAAAAUCGAAUAUAGUAUAUACGGUUCUUAUUUAUAUCAAUUACAUUGCAUUCGGAAUAACAUGUAAUGCAUUAUGGCCAGUGUUGAUAGAUUUAUCCUAUAUUUACGAUGUAUCGAAUGAAACAUUGGAUUUUUUGGCUACAUUCGCUGCAUUUGGCUAUAUGAUUGGAUCAUUAACUGGUUUCAUCUAUAAAUGGAUUAAUCGACAAUUAGUAUUGAUUUUUAUGGUGGCAACAAUGGCUUUUCUGAUAGCAUACACACCUUAUUAUUCGUCCAUUUAUCAACUUUUCGUUGCCACAUUGAUCAUCGGUAUUGGUUCUGGUUCAUGGGAAAGUUCCAAUACAGUUUGGCUAGUAGAAAUGUGGCCCAAACACCAAGCAUCAGCAAUUCAAAUUCAACAAUUCAUGUAUGGAAUAGGAUCGAUAAUUAGUCCAUCAAUGUUGGCACCAUUCGUACAGGGUAUAGCCAAUGAAACCGAAGUUGGUGUGGAAUCCAGAAAAUCUUUACUAAUCAAACCAUUCAUCACUAUUGGUGUAUUACAAUUGAUUGUACCGAUAAUCAUGUUCAUAAUGUUUUUUUGUGAUCAAUAUGAACGAACGGAUCGAUCGUCAUCGAUCAUUUCUGCAUCAUUGAAAAAUACAGAUGUAGAAAAUGAUGCGACAACUGCGGAUGAUGCUGAUGCUGAUGCUGGUGAUGUAAAAUAUCGUUAUGUAAAAUUAUUUUUGGUUGGUUUUAUGCUAGCUGCAUAUAUGGGCGCCGAAAUGGCUUACAAUGAUUAUUCGGAUACAAUGUUCCAAUAUUGGCAACCGGAUCAUUUAACUGCGACUGAAUCAGCUACUGUAAUGGCAUGUUUAAGCACUGGUUGUACGGUAGGCUGUUUAAUAACGGCCAUAAUAUCACUACGGAUAAGACCCAAUAUAAUUAUUGCUUAUCAUUUAGCAAUGAUUGUCGUAGCGUUAUCAUUGUUAUAUGCAGGUAGACAAAUUCGAAUCAUCAUUUAUAUUUCCAAUUUGAUACUUGGUUAUGGAUUUUCAGCAAUGUGGCCAGCAAUCAUUGCUUUCACCGAACGUCGUUUUCGAUUGACCGAUCGUGCCAGUUCGUUGAUAUUUUUUUUCAAUGAAUUAGCCGUAAUGUUCUCACCGGUAUUAAUCGGCCAGUAUUUAACAACCGAACCAUUGAUAUUAUUGCUAGUUGAAGCUAUUUAUAUGGCUAUCAGCAUUAUUUUGUUCAUUGUAAUUACUAUGUUAGUCGUGUUGACAUAAUGAGAAUGAGAAGAGAGAAAAAGAGAGCCAACAUUUUUU